AUGUCGGUCACGCUGCUGACAGCCACCUCCGGACUCCAAUUCGCCUUUGAUCCGGCCGCAGCCCACUUCGAAUGGAAAGAGAAUCUUGCGCCAUGGCCCCAAAUCGACAUCGACCAAAGUAAAGCGUGUGCCCCUCCUGAUAGCCAACGACCUCCAGUGACCAUCUCCUCUGUCCAGAGCCAGUCAGGGCCCAAUGGCCAGCUGGCUAACAUCCAGCUGGAGGCUCAGCACGUGGUCGCCGCGGGGCUUUUCUUCGGACGCAUUUGGAUAUCACCCUUCCAGAGGGAAGGAGGAUCGCCACAGUCAGUCAGUUCUAUAAUCACCGAGCAGAAUAUCAAACCAUCCUCUGGCGUCGGCGACCAGAGGGUCGCCUCGAAUUGCUGCCACCACAUCACCGUCGAGUGCGUAUCCGACGAGGACCUCAGGAGCAUCAUUGCCAAGGCAGCGGCUUCGAUCUUCCGUUCAGCGAUGGACUUCAUGAGAAGACAUUCUGCCGUUCUCGGUCCAAGGCGCCAGUUUCACUGUCCAAGAAGCAGCGGGCAGAAUUGCGAACCCGAGCCCGAGAUGUGCGGCCGGGUGACCGCAAGGGCAAGAGCAUGGCGGUGGCGCCGAGGAAGUAUGACGAGUACGAUGUUCGUUCCGCCGCUUUUCUCGUUGUCAUAUCUCUCCCGAAUCGACAUCCUGUUCCAAAUCGUCUUCGUCCAGUACCAUGGGGUUGACGGCGAGUUCGAAACCGACUACGUCGAUGUGCCGGCCAGGGCCCAGAGGGUCGAAGACGCCCUCACGGCUGCCCUGUCCUCUGCCACUCGAGACGUGCAGGCUCCAAUGGUCCUCGCUCCUGUGACCACCAAUUUGGGCGCCGGCUAUGUUCACUGUCUGGUUGUCGUUACCCAUCGACAAAUCCCGCAGUCGGGCCAAGCAACAGUCCGAUCCCAGGUGCCCCAUGCGAACAACAGCUCUUCAGACAAUCCCCCCUGCCGCGGUCUCCGCUUUCGACAAGUCUAA